AAUCAACGGUCCGGGUGACUCACGAAGCAGCCAAAUCAGGGGCAUUUCAACAAAACCCCAUUCGAGAUCAUCCAUAAUCAUCAUCUAGCUCAGUACUCUUCUGCUUCGUACUCGAAUUGAACAAGAAGAACACAGAGAACAUAGAGAGAUGGCCGGAGAUCAUGGACACCACGCGGAUGGGGCCCACGGAGGAGACUUCAGAACCAAAGUGUGGACCAUGACCGGCGGACCUAACUGCAGGCCCAAGCACUGGAGGCGCAACACCGCCUUCGCCCUGGCCGGCAUCUUCCUCGUCUGCAUCCCCAUCGCCAUAAAAUCUGCUGAGCUCGAGCAACGACCACAUAAUCCUGUUCGACCAAUUCCCUCGCAGCUCUGGUGCAAGAAUUUUGGGAAUAAGGAAUACUGAUUUGUUAUUGUUAGUGAAACAUCUAUAAAAGUUUGUCAUUAGGCAAGUUGUGUCUUGCUUUUUGUAGUCUAUUGUGGGGCAAGUGUUUGUGCUUGAACUUUGCUUUCUGGAAUGGUGUUAUCGUUGUGAGCAUCAUUUCUAAAUGAAUAAGAUAAUGACUCUUGGGCUUGUUUCAA